UUGAGUGUGAUGAGACCGGCAGUCAUCCCAUUUUUCUCGGAUGAGUUGUUUCGGUGGUGCUGCUGGGAUGAGUCAGGGGUUUCGGAUGGGUGGGAACGGAAGAUCAAGUACAAUGUGAAAGAGUACGAGCAAUUGGUGGGGCGCGUUGAAGAGAUAGUGGAGAGGCUACAGGUUAGAGCGGUAGAUGUCGAGAAGGUUGCUUGGGUGUUGGGUAGGGCGGGGGCUGAUAUGGACAUUGGCGGGAAGGAGGAGGAGGCGGAGCAAGCUAAAUCUAAAGAUGAUGGAGGUUUCAAAGAUAAGAAGCUUGUUAAUGAGAAGCCUGACAAGGAGACGGCGAAGAAACAGUCGGAGGAUGCCAAGGAAAUCGUAUUUGAACAGGCGUCAACGAAACGCACGAAACGCAAGGCAAGAGCGUCCAUCUCACCGGUGGAGGGUGUAAGGAAGAGUACUCGUUUGAAGAAGUAGUAGAGGGGGAGAGUUGAUUAAAGCA